AUGGGCCACCAGGAGUCCCCGCUAGCCCGAGAGCCAGCGGGAGGUGCGACUUAUAUAAAGGGGUUAUGUAAAAGAAUCAGCUGGCGAGAACACGUGGAGAAACACGGGAGCCUGGACGCCUGGUCCUUUCCCGCAAGCGCCGCAGCCACCACCGGUGGAGCAGCAAGAUCCGUCGUACGCCCGGCCCUGGCCACCGCCUUUCGCGCAGCUCAGUCCCGGAGGCGGCCCCGACCGGGAGCAGACCAUCCCCAGACGAGGACUCCAGGGGGGAAACGGGCCGCCCGGAAGUGGAGGGGCGCCAGCCAGGUCGCAAUCCAAGGUCUCGCUCCUUCGCUUCCCGGGGCCGCACGGAGGGAUGAGGCAGGGGGGGCCCGGGCAGCGCCGUUGCUGCUCCCCCCGCCGCCCGCAGCCAUGGAAACUGGGGAGGAGGACGGCGCCCGCAGAGGUACACAAAGCCCCGAGCGGAAAAGGCGAAGCCCAGUGCCCCGGGCGCCCAGCGCGAAGCUGAGGCCCGCGGCGGCUGCCCAGGCCAUGGAUCCAGCGGCGGUCGAGGCUCCGGGCGAGGCCUACCUGGCGCGGCGGCGGCCGGAGGGUGGCGGCGGGUCGGUCCGACCUCGCUACAGCUUAUUGGCAGAGAUCGGGCGCGGCAGCUACGGCGUGGUUUACGAGGCGGUGGCCGGGCGCAGCGGGGCCCGGGUGGCGGUCAAGAAGAUCCGCUGCGACGCCCCCGAGAACGUGGAGCUGGCGCUGGCUGAAUUCUGGGCCCUGACCAGCCUAAAGCGGCGCCACCAGAACGUAGUGCAGUUUGAGGAGUGUGUCUUGCAGCGCAACGGGCUAGCCCAGCGCAUGAGCCACGGCAACAAGAGUUCGCAGCUUUACCUGCGCCUGGUGGAGACCUCGCUGAAAGGGGAAAGGAUCCUGGGUUAUGCUGAGGAGCCCUGCUAUCUCUGGUUUGUCAUGGAGUUCUGUGAAGGUGGAGACCUGAAUCAGUACGUCCUGUCUCGGAGGCCAGACCCAGCAACUAACAAAAGCUUCAUGCUACAGCUCACGAGCGCCAUAGCCUUCUUGCACAAAAACCACAUCGUGCACAGGGACCUAAAGCCAGACAACAUCCUCAUCACGGAGCGGUCUGGCACCCCCAUCCUCAAGGUGGCCGACUUUGGACUAAGCAAGGUCUGUGCUGGGCUGGCCCCACGAGGCAAAGAGGGCAAUCAAGACAACAAAAAUGUGAAUGUGAAUAAGUACUGGCUAUCCUCGGCCUGUGGCUCAGAUUUCUACAUGGCCCCCGAGGUCUGGGAGGGACACUACACAGCUAAGGCUGACAUCUUUGCCCUGGGCAUUAUCAUCUGGGCAAUGAUAGAGCGAAUCACGUUCAUUGACUCGGAGACCAAGAAGGAGCUCCUGGGGACCUACAUCAAACAGGGGACCGAGAUUGUCCCGGUCGGUGAGGCGCUGCUAGAAAACCCAAAGAUGGAGUUGCACAUCCCCCAGAAACGCAGGACUUCCAUGUCUGAGGGGAUCAAGCAGCUCUUGAAAGAUAUGUUAGCUGCUAACCCACAGGACCGGCCUGAUGCCUUUGAACUUGAAACCAGAAUGGACCAGGUCACAUGUGCUGCUUAA